AUGGAGGGACUAUUCACUUUGCUCGCUUUGGGCAUUGUGAUGGCAAUUACGUCUUUUGUCGUCGGCUCAUUACCUCUCGCGUUUACGCUCUCCCCCUCACAGCUCCGACUGAUUUCGUCGAUUGGCAUGGGCGUGUUGGUGGGGACAUCCUUAAUCGUGAUCAUUCCCGAGGGAAUCGAAACUCUCUACAGCGCCAAUGCCCGCAGUCGCAAACAGCUCAGUACCCGAGAAACCACCGUGAACUGGCAGUACCAGGCCCCGACCGUGGCCACAUUUGGUCCCAGCGAAAACAGCGCCUCAGAUCUCGCGACUCCUGUCCCGAACCUCCUGGUAAGAGACGAGUUUUCCGAGUCGCAAACGCUCUACGUUCGGAAGGAGGACCCCGCGAGCGACAAGUCCAACGACUCAACCCACGAAGAUGAAGAAAACUCCCCGCACGCGUGGAUUGGAAUCGCCCUCAUCAGCGGUUUCAUCUUGAUGUACCUGGUCGACAAGCUCCCCGAAUUCGCCGCCCCUACCAAGAACGACCGCACGCCCUACCAUAUCUCCCUUGAUAAUCUUGGAUCUGGACUACGACGGGGCUCAUCCCCCUCGCGCGAGGGUGGAUUGCUAGACCCUAACCACUCCCGACGCGGGCACAGCUUUGCGACCACCACCGGACUGGUUAUCCACGCCGCGGCCGACGGUAUCGCUCUGGGGGCCUCUAGUUCCGAUACCGGGUUGAGCUUCAUUAUCUUCUUGGCGAUCAUGGUGCAUAAAGCGCCAGCGUCCUUUGGACUGACGUCGAUUCUGCUCAAGCAGGGGCUAUCGAGUCGCACCGCCAGGGCGCAUCUGCUGGUCUUCAGUCUUGCGGCCCCGCUUGGUGCCUUGGCUACUUUCCUUUUUGUGCAGAUGAUGGGAUCUUCCAGUGCCGACGAGGCGGGUACUCUCUGGCGAACUGGAAUGCUUUUGCUUUUCUCCGGUGGCACUUUCUUGUAUGUUGCGAUGCACACGAUGCAAGAGAAUGGCCCUGGGUCCUCCCCGCGCGAGUUGCCCAUCAAUGGAUACGGUGACCGCGACCAGAAUGGCUCGGACAAAUCCAUGAGGGAUUUGAUCGCGUCCGUUCUGGGUAUGAUCCUGCCUCUGUUCCUGCAACUGGGACACGCUCAUUGA